GAGGUGUUUAUGUGGCUUCGCCUAUGUAAGCAGCGAGCCAGCGACUGACCUCAAAUUUCCAUCCAUCAUUUACCCUCGGAGAAGGUUUUCAUCACUGAGUCUAGGAAAAGAAAAUCGAGGAUGGCAGGAAGGCUGAGCCAUGUGGCAUCACGAAUCAUGGGCGGAAACGGUGUCGCCGCCCGCUCUGUCGCCGCCUCUGUCCGCCAACGCUCCGGCAUGGGCCUACCCGUCGGCAAACACAUCGUUCCCGACAAACCCCUUCCAGUGAACGAUGAGCUUGUUUGGGAUAAUGGCACUGCAUUUCCAGAACCAUGUAUAGAUCGCAUUGCUGAUACUGUUGGGAAGUAUGAAGCAUUGGCUUGGUUGUGUGGAGGGUUGGGAUUUUUUGCGUCACUUGGUCUCUUAGCUGUGUGGAAUGACAAGGCUUCCAAAAUCCCAUUCACACCAAAGGUCUACCCAUAUGACAACCUAAGAGUAGAGCUUGGCGGAGAACCGUAGAUUUUCCUGUGCAGGUGGCCUCUCAUGCAAGUCUUGUUAUGCCCCUUUUGCCGCUUAAAGUCUCAUCCAUAGAAAAUAAUUGAGAAUGUACCAAUGUUCUCAACGAAUUUCUGGUUGUGUUGCUUGGUACUAUUUUUCGACUUCGGUGCAAAUUGUAGUACGUGUUGCCUUUACAGUGAUUGCAUUGAAAUCCAAUCAACCAUUCCUCUGUUUUA